AUGGGCUUUGGAUACAAGAUCUUUGCUGAUUCCUCAAGUGUUGCAGUCGAUGAAAAGAAAUAUAGAGGAAUGAUUGGAUCUCUACUCUAUCUUACAACAAGUCGUCCAAAUAUCAUGUUUUCUACUUGCCUAUGUGCCAGAUUUCAAGUCAAUCCAAAGGUGUCUCAUCUUUUGGUUGUCAAGCAAAUUUUCCGAUACCUUAAAUGUACCAAGAACCUCAGAAUCUGGUACCCAACAAAUCAGAGCUUCCUUCUGCAAGCCUACUGCGAUUCAAACUAUGGUGGACUACAACUGGAUAGAAAAAGCACAUCAGGUGGAUGUCAGUUUCUGGGUGGUAGAUUGGUUAGUUGGUCAUCCAAGAAACCAAACUGCAUUGCUCUCUCAAUAGCUGAAGCUGAAUACAUUGUUGCUGCCAGCUAUAUCUCUCAAGUUCUAUGGAUGAGGUCUGAACUCCUGGAUUAUGGUUAUCGCUUUCAAUGA